AAGCCUGUGUUGCGAGUGCGCAGGUCAUGCGAAGCAUGAAGUUUUGUUAUAAGCGGGAAUAUUCCUGGGUGUUCAGGUGUCCUCGGGCAGUGAACGGUGUGUAUCGAAAACUUUCACAUUGGAAUAAUAUUUAUUUAUAUCAAAAAGUGGUAAAAAGUCACGAAAAGCAGACUAAAUAGCGGCGAAGCGGGGAGAUGCGUGUAAUAUGACAACAGUACUAUGUUAUUUAGAGACUACACCUGGCUGAAUCAGGUGUUUUGACGGAAGAGCACCAAACUACCCCGAUUUAUAAGUGUACUACCGGUAUAGUGACCGUAGGAGGAAAAUGUUGCUACCCAUCCCCCGUUACAAGGUUCCGUGAAUGACCAUGAAGAUCCAACUUGUAUGUUUGACUGUUUUAACUUUUUGGCUUUCUGGACUCGACGGUCGAAAAGUCGUAAAAGAGGUAAAAUUUAAAAAGUCCCCAGAGAAUGCCACUGUUGAGGAGGACCAGAGACAUCUCUUUCAUUGCAACACGGAGAGAAUCAAAGGCUGCACAAGGAACCAGAUGAAAAUCAAGUGGUUUCAUAAUGGCAUCAAAUUAACCAAAAGAGGCACUAAUUUCAAAAUCAAAAAGCAUGGAACUACUCUUCUCUUUGACAACAUUAAAGUGGAGAAUCGUGGAGAAUACUAUUGCUCAGUCAGCUGUAAAUCUAAAAAGUUCAUCGCCAGGGGAGCAUCACCUAAAGCGUACCUGCAGGUGGAAGUUCCUGUUCGGUUUGUGGAGAAACCAAUUGAUCGGCACGUUACACCAGGAAAUCUACAGAUCACAUGCUCUGCGUUUGGAAUCCCUGCUCCAAAGCUAACAUGGCUAGAUAUCAAUGACACUGAGAUCAAUGAUACAGUGACCCAAGGAGUGGAAAUUAUCACUAUAGAUAAUAAUUCGAUGACAAAGAAAUCUAAUAUCAUCUUUACAAAUGUGGUCACUAACAUGAGUGUCAAGUGUCAAGCGCAGAACCACCUGAGCAGUGGCUAUAGGUUCAAAACCCAGCAAGCCAAGGUGGUGGUGGUAUCAAAAAAGGACCAAGUCAGUCAGCCACCAGUUCGGCUUCAAGGGACAUGUGCCCCUUACAAUGGCACUGUCUGUAAGCAGGUUCUUGGAAAUGAAGUCAUCCUCUUGAAUGCCUCCUACGGGAACCCUGGCCUAGAACAGGAUUCCCAGGUGAAUGAGCUGAUGCAGGGGGUUCUGUCCUCAAUGGUCCGAAAGCCAAACUGUCAGGCCGCCGCCCUCAAAGUCUUCUGUCGUCAUGUGUUUCCAGGAUGUACUGAGGAGACGGGGAAAGCGAAGCCCAUCCACCUGUGCAAGGAGAGCUGUCUGGCCGUGAAGGAAUUGCUGUGCUUUGACCAGUGGAAUGAACUGAGUUUGAAAAGAAAAAUAGCUGGUGCUUCUCUUCCCGACUGCAACAAUCUAGCCAGCAAAAGUGAUAAUGGAUCACAGUGCAUAGAUGGCAGAAUAUUUCAUAAAGAUACAAGUCAAGUUACCUAUCAGUGUUACAAAGGAACGGGCCAGUGGUACAAUGGCACGGUCAAUGUCACAAAGUCGGGGAUUCCCUGCCAGGCCUGGGACCGUCAGUACCCCCAUGCUCACCAGCGCCUCCCUUCAGUAUUUCCCAGUCUGCAGGGAGGAGAGAACUACUGCAGGAACCCUGGGUCUGAGGAAAACCAGCCAUGGUGCUACACAACAGAUAAUCUGAAGAGAUGGGAACUGUGUGACAUACCUAAAUGUUAUGUGGAAGUUUCCACGGAGAUGCCUGUAAACCAGAACCUUACAGUUGCCAUCAUCAUUAUCAUCAUUGUUGUUGCCUUGGUUGUCUUUGUGUCGAUUCUGAUGGCUGUGCUCUGUUGUCAGAUCUCCAAACAACGCAGACAUGUUAAGUACGACAGCACUCCUCAGGAAGACCUGGACAUUGAUAUUGAUAAACUCCCCACCAACUCUUGUUACCACAAACUCUCGGAAUGUUCCAAAAUCAACCCUAAACUCCAGGUUAUGGAAUAUCCCAGGAAUGAUAUUGUGUACAUCAGAGACAUUGGUCAGGGAGCUUUUGGAAGAGUGUUCAAAGCAAAAGCUCCCAACAUUAUUAAAGAUGAAUAUGAUUGCCUAAUAGCAGUCAAAAUGUUAAAGGAAGAUGCUUCUGAUGAACUGUUACAAGACUUUCAGCGAGAAGCUUCCUUAAUGGUAGAGUUUGAUCACCCAAACAUUGUGAAAUUGUUGGGAGUCUGUGCAAUAGGUAAUCCUUUGUGUUUACUGUUUGAGUACAUGAAGAAGGGAGACUUGAAUGAAUUUCUUCGUCUGAACAGUUGUGACAAUUACAUUAUAAGGCGACACAGCAUGGAUAUCUAUUCUGAGCAUAAGCCCUCAUUAAACACUUCAAAUCAGCUCUACAUUGCAAAGCAGAUUGCAUGUGGAAUGGUGUAUUUGUCUGAAAAAGGCUAUGUACAUCGGGACUUGGCCACCAGAAAUUGUCUUGUGGGUGAUGACCUCGAGGUCAAGAUUUCUGACUUUGGACUGGCAAGGAGCAUUCAUUCACUGGAAUAUUAUCGUGGAAGUGAACAUGAUGCAAUACCGAUCCGAUGGAUGCCUCCUGAAUCCAUUCUGUACAACAAAUUCACUGUACAAUCGGAUGUGUGGUCCUUCGGUGUUUUACUUUGGGAGCUGUUCUCCUUUGCUCUUCAGCCUUAUUAUGGCAUGACACAUGAAGAAGUAGUUCAGUUUGUGAAAGAUGGGAAAGUGCUUGCCUGCCCAGAAAACACACCUAAGCAAGUGUAUGACUUGAUGAAAAUGUGUUGGAACACAAAGCCAACUUCAAGACCAUUAUUCCACCAUCUGCUCAAAUCUUUAAACUCUUCAUAUGAUGAUUACCAAAAGAAGAAAGUGCUGAGUGAACUUGUGUAGCAUUUACAGAAAGUAUUGGUGACAAUUGUUCAAUGAUGUGAAAAUAGGCAGCAUUCUUCCUUCCAUAAUGAACAGUUUAGUGAAAUGCAUCUGAAUACGAUAAACAAUUACCUAUACUGCCAAAGUCUCAUCUCUCAGCAAACACAAGUAGAGGUGGGAGAAGAUGUCUCUCUAUGGUUCCUGUGUAGUGCAUGAGUUGAUAUAAGGGGCCAAUACUCUUGUGUUUCCCAUACAUAUUAUAAAAAAGUCCCAUAGACUCAUAUGAGCCAUAAUUUAAACUGUGCCAACUAUUUAGUAUUAUUUCAAUGAUACAACUAUGUAUUUGCCAGGAAUUGGAAUCAGAACUCUAACCAAGUUUUCUGUUAGACAUUUAAAAAACAAGUUCAGGAAGUUUUCAGUUGUGAUACACUCCUGCAGUGUAUUUCUGUGUGUUAUCAAUGUUCCAUAUUUCCUAUACUUUUUUCUACAGAUUUGUAUUAAGAUAUAAGAAGUGAUGUCUGCUCCUAAUGUAUUGCAGUCUGCUCAGGUCGCCUUUAUCUGAGAAAUGGGGGCUUUAUCUCGCCAACUAUUCCCCUGACGAUAGGAUGGAUUUUGGAUUGACUCUUAUCUGAUUAUGAAUUCUUGCAGCAGCCAGGGUUAAACCUGAUCUAAAUUCUGAUAAGAUGAAAUAAGGCAAUUUCUUAAUAUCUGCCAUUAAUUUUGGACUUAUCUUUGAAGUAUCUUAUGUUUGGGGUUAAAGUUUUCAGUUUGGGUGAAAAAUUACAGUAGCUGUAAAUCAGCCUCGCUUUACACCUGUACAUAUACAUAUAUUGGUAUGCAAUAUUUUUGUUUUUGUUUCGAUCAUCAUUUGAACUAGUCAUUUUGUUGGGUAUGCAUGUGUAUUUGUUUGGGAGACUGAAUACCUUGUAUAAGAAGAUACAUCAAGGGUCAAGCCGCACAAAUGUUUUAUAUGUGUUACAUAGUAAAGGGUCAGCCCCAGUACUGGUAAUUCGUUCCCCUUUACAGUGUACUUGUUUAGAAGUAGCUUAUUUUGUACUGUAUAGGACUUUCAUUGGAAAAAGAUUUUACUAUACUAUACAACUGUAAGUGUCUCGAAAUAUCUAUCAUAGGAUGUGUGGAAUUUGUGUUUUGAAGGAGUGGGUAUGUGCAUAUUUUCUAGUCAAUGUAUGUCCAUGAAACCUUGUAAAGUUGUAAAUACACAUCACAUGUAUGUACAAAGUAUUUCAUUUUGUUAGAAUGUCGCAUGCUAGGUGCAUUUUUGUGUUGGUUUUCUGUGCUUCCUGAAAUAGGCUUGUGAUAAUUUUGUAUGUGAAAGACUACAAUAAAAACAUUUCAGACUGAU